AUGGAGUCUCAAUCUAGCACUCACCAUGAUCAAGAAGAGGCUUCGACGGCCACGUCACCUCCAACGGCGGCUAUCACGCGCAAGCGGCAGUUUUCACUAAUCGACAGCCCAAGUCGGACGGACGCAGAAGCAAGUUUGAGGAAAAGAAUCACACAGUCACGAUCACGGUCACGGUCACCAUCGGCGUCGCUGACUACCUCCGAAUUUGAUGUGCGUCUUCAAGACAUGCAAGGCUGCUCGGCAUCGACACCCCCUUCUCCCGCGGCUACCUCGCUGGUUGCCGCUCACAAACUGGUGACUCAUACAUCUGUGACAGUCUCGAUCGAAGGGUGCUGUCAAGAGUCAUCGCCUACGCCGAGGCUUUCUCACGGGCGCAGUGGCAAUGAUAAUGGCGUACUGUAUGCAGAGUACAGCAGAGCUGCAGCCGCACGGAUGCCUCGCUCUGUAAGCUUGCCGCCUCGGCUUUCGCAUUCAAGCCGCCAUUCGCCUGCGCUUGAUUCUACCCCGAAGGGUGCGACUACAAUUGCGGCCAAUGGCGUGCGCUCUGAGAUGAUGCAUGGCGUCAAGUUAGCUACAUCGUACAGCGCGCCAGUGACAGCCGGAAUGAAGCGUACGCUUCACUAUCACGAGCAGCAGCGAAGGCUUCAAAAGGGAAAAGGGAGAGCACCAGGCGUACGAGAACAGGCUCGAGGGCGAGGCCAGUACGUGUAUCCGAUUCAACUGCCGCCGGUUUCGACCAAGUCUGUCGAGGGUCUGGACCUCAAGAUGGCCCUGCAGCUGCCACAGACACGGCACCACAUCAUCUUUGACCACAAUCUCGCAUUCAACCUCACGCCGCACGGUGAACGCGGACAAGCGUGGGAAACGGCAUCAGAGCGCUACUGGGCGGCGGUAAGACGGGAGAUCGAGCUUGGCUGUGUUUGCUCAGUGUAUCAGGACGGCGUCCUGUUGCCGUGCACUUGCCCGGCGGCGCCCAGUGCAAAGCAAUCUGGCACUUCACAGCCACCGCCGCGCUUGCCGUUGCUGCUUGCGCAGCUGCGCGAGCUCUGCGUCCAAGCGAUUCUCCAUCACCAGACGAGCGACUUACUGCGACCGAUAAGUCGCAGCCGCGCAGGCUCAAGCGUGGGCAAAUCCUUUCCAAGCGCCAUGCAGACUGGUCGCACAUCUCCCCUCGAUAUCCUUUCAUCUCAUGCCGGCACGUACGCCGAUCCGCAUGCGCAUGCAAUCACAGACAUGUUCGAUCUAGAUUUGAGCGUCUUCUCCAGCGAAGACGACGAUAUGACGAGCACACUGGGCUCGGCGGCCAUCUCACGGCGUUUUGAGAGCGUUUUGCGCGUACUGCAGCUGCAUUGCGUGCCUGAGCGCGAGGAGGACAUUGUCGAUGUACUCGAAGACGGCAUUUGGGAGCACGACAUUGUCGAAGGUCUUCGUGUCCUCUUUGAGUUACUCGAGCUGAUGCGGCUGGACACGACAAAUGUUUACGUCUCGCGCAAUGCACCAUUCUUGCGAGAGGUAGCGGCUGCGCGUGAGCGCGUCUACUUUACCGACCAGAUCAUUUCCGGCCGUUUCCCGAUUACGCGCACUAUUUCCUGGCACAGUAGAUCGCUUGCCAAAGUGGAAGGCUCGUGUGCUUCCGCACCCCUUGCACUGCAGCACACAUUGACGCGCACAUUCAUUGCCGGCUUAGUGGAGCUCAUCGUCCAAUCUUUGCAAGACGGCGCUAUCAGACCGACCGGCGCACCGACCCUGCUGCAUGUGCACGCUUCGCGACGAGUGCUGCCAGAAGUCUUUCUGCACGAUCAAGUGCGCCUGCUGGGAUUCUGCGAGGAGCUGACAGACAUUGCCAUCGUCCACGUCUUGCUACUACUCUUUCGUCACCUGGCAUCCACGGGCGAUCUGUGCAACGGAACCGCCUCUCGCAUCGACGAGCGUGAGCUGUCAGCACGCAUACAUUCGCGCCAAAAUCAACUCAAGCUCCUCUGCCUGGAGACGCUGCAGCGCGCGAAUCGGCAGCACGCCACGGACUGCCACUCGGGCCGUGCGCCACUGCCCAAAAUGGCGGACGCGACGUGGCGCCACGAGGUGCAGGGCCUGGCGCUCACCAUGAGCAGGGAGGCCGUGCUUCUGCGGAAAGAAGUCGUCGAAGGAGGUCUGCCGAAGGCCCCUGUCGAGCUUUCUGCGGCCAUGGAGUCUUUGAUCCGCUCCUGGGUCCAUCACAACGUGGGCAACACAUCGCAUCUGCUGCGCAUGUGUGUGCAAAAAGUACAGGACUGCGUCGUCGCUGCACUCGAUGCCCCCGUGUCCAUGUACGUCGCGCAGCACUUUACGCAAGCAAGCGGGCUGGAUUUUAAUGCAAGUCCCAUCACCACUGCUCCGGGCUUCACGGGGGAACCCAAGGCAUGCAGCAACAAUUUCUCGGUUUCUGCGCUCUGCAAACGCGACAAGGUCGAGGACCAUGCCCACGCAGACACGUGCAUCGCUCGACACCUCUACCUUGACACAGUGACACCCUUGCAGCUGCUGCAGCUACCAGCAGACUGGCAUGCCGGGCUGGCCCGCGCCGCGCUCACCGCGCUGGCACCGCAGGUGGAGCAUUUCGCCGCCAGCCUCGCCCGCUUUGCGCUGUUGCACCUGGAGGUUUACGGCGUGCUCUACGCGUUCCUCGCCAGGCGUGACGCACACCUGUUCGGUUCAGCGUGA